GGAUUUGUCAACGCUCACUCGCACGCUUUUCAUCGGCACCUACGCGGUAGGAGUGAGAUCGGCGGAAAAACGGCGGAUACGUUCUGGAAGUGGAGAGACAACAUGUACGGACUGGUGGACGGUGUCACAAAAGAGAAGUUGUACGAGUACUGUUUGACGACUUUUCGUGAGAUGCUUGGUGCUGGAAUUACUACCGUUGGUGAAUUUCACUACGUCCAUCACGGCACGGGGAAGUUCAAUUUGGACGAAGUGGUGCUAAGGGCAGCCGAGGAUGUCGGCAUACGGCUCACUCUUAUCCAGACAUUCUACGAAGCAGCCGGGUUCGAUCGCCCUCCUCUGCAUCCAGUGCAGAAGUGUUUCGUCUCUACUUAUGAGGAUUUUGUUGGCAGCGUUAAUGAAUUGCUGGCACGCACCAGCAAGACAAUCACCAUUGCAAUAGCAGCUCACUCUGCACGAGCUGUUAGCUUUGAAAAUAUCAAGAAACUACACGACUUAGCCAUGAAAAGACAGCUGGCUUUUCACAUCCACCUUGAAGAACAGCCGAAAGAAAUUGAGGACUGUAUGAAAACAUUUGUUGUUUUCCAGAGCCCGUCCGAUUUCCUACUUCAGAAUCUGAAUAUUAACAAAUUAUUUUCGGCCGUUCAUGCUACAUUCACUUCGCAGGCAAACGUGAAGAAGUUCGCUCAGAAUGGAGCGAACACCGUUAUCUGCCCUUGUACUGAAGGCUACCUGGGCGAUGGCAUCCCACAUGUGAUUGACAAUCAAUAUAUUGCUUUCGGAACCGAUUGCAACAAUCGGAUCGGAUUCCUCGAAGAAAUGAGAUGGGCAUGUUAUUCACAGCAGGUUUGUCACACAGUACAAAACCUGUGGCUGGACUGUCGGCGAAUCGUCUUCUUCACUGCGCCACAGCUGGUGGUGCGCGGUCACUUGCUCUCGAUAGUGUUGUCGGCAGUAUCGAGGCUAGUUCAUAACCUAUAG